AUCAAUGAACGCGCUAACACCCAACGCAACUCCAAAUAUGGUCACGAAAUGAAGCAACGCCAUCUACCAUAUGGAAAGUGAAACUACCACCGCCAUCUGGCGGACGAUGUGUGGAACCAACUGCUAACGAUGCCCAGGCUAAAGUAUGCCUCUGUGCUCAGGGUUUUCGUCAUUCUGGGCCUGUUUUGUCUAUGGGUGCAGAUUAUGCUCUCUGCCUCGAAUGGGAGCAUGUACAGAGAGUCAGAUAUAAAUAUCACUAACCCUGGACAGGACCUUCUAAAACUAGACACUGUACCGUUGGAAGAAGAGCUGAUGAACGCCAAUGAGACGUCAGAGCAAGUCCUGGCGCUGGUUCCACCAGAACUACACAAGUAUCUUCAAGUGCACCCGAAGAACAAUAGUGCGAACUCAACAGAGCGGUCUGGCCCAAAGAACAUAUCAGACAUUCGCAGAGCCAUCGAGAAGUACAACGAUGCGCAGUACAUCCACAAUGAGGACAUCUUCGGGCCGGUGCAGAACGAUACCAUCAUUAUAGCUAUACAGGUGCACACCAGGCUGACCUACCUGAGACAUCUGAUCGUGUCGCUGGCUCAGGCCCGGGACAUCGACAGAACGUUACUGGUGUUCUCACAUGACUACUAUGAUGAGGAAAUCAACACGCUCGUCCGGAGUAUCGACUUCACUAAGGUGAUGCAGAUCUUUUACCCGUAUUCGAUACAGACGCAUCCCUACGAGUUCCCUGGCACGGAUCCUAGAGACUGCCCGAGAGAUGCCAAGUUCGAGCAAGCGGUCAAACUAAAAUGCCUCAAUGCGCUUCACCCAGACUUACACGGUCACUAUCGGGAGGCCAAGUACACACAAACAAAACACCACUGGUGGUGGAAGGCUAACAGAAUAUUCAACCAGCUGCAGUGCACCCAGGGACACACUGGCCUAGUAUUGUUCCUUGAGGAAGACCAUUAUGUAGCAGAAGACUUCAUACACAUGCUGAAUCUACUCCGUUCUACUGCGGACAAGAAUUGUCCCCAGUGCGAAAUAUUGUCCCUGGGGACAUACCUUAAAACGUACCAGUACCAUAUAAAUGGGGACAGGAGAAAGAAACAAUUGACCCUCAACUACAUACAACAAGUAAAGGCAGCAAAUGAAGAAAGAAGAAGAAGGAUGCAAGAAACUCAAACGUGGAACUUCCAAGUGUACCCUAACCUUUAUUCCAAUACGCAAAAGGUCGAAAUCACCCCCUGGCAUUCCAGUAUGCACAACAUGGGAUUCGGGUUCAACAGAACCGUCUGGAAUAACAUAAUGGAGUUGGAGCAGCAGUUCUGUGCAUAUGACGACUACAAUUGGGACUAUUCUCUACUGCAUCUCUCACAGAAUAGACCUGGAAGGGAGAAGUUUAAGGUGUAUCUUUGUAAAGGGCCUAGGGUGUUCCAUAUUGGAGAAUGUGGCUUCCACCACAAAAAGAGCAAUUGCAACGCGUCAACCGUCAUCAGUAAGGUCCAGAAACUGGUUCAGAACGCGAAGCCCUACAUGUAUCCCGCAAGAGUGACCGCCACCGCUACGUCUGGCGGUGCCAAGCAUAAUAAGAGGUUGACGAAGGGAAACGGCGGCUGGGGAGAUAUACGAGAUCAAGAGUUAUGUACGAACAUGACGAGGGUAGGUCGUCAAAUGAGGAAUUACUUUUACCUCGCAUAAUGUAAGUGGUUGGUUAGAGACACAUGAUUAUAUUCGACACUUUAUACACAACGCGGGAAACUUUAUACUGGCAUCUCACCAUAUGGAUUUCUAUAUUCAAUCUUAAUCCAAUUUGAACGGAUUUGGAUUGUCAACUGUCAAAUUUUAAACUGUUUUUGGCCAAAAUA